AUGGUUUUGUUUCUGCUCCCUGGUCUUAGACCACAUUGGAAAAUUGGCAAUGCAAAUAUUGACAAACAAGAACCAUUCACUCCAAAGAAACCAGUUGGAAAUUCUGGAAGAAAAUUCCCUCUCCCACCUCAUAUCCUCCACCGCCUUAACCUCCACAAGUCCUGUACUUCCUUCCCAUCAAAUCCAUCUUCCGCACCAUCUCUUCUUCCAUCAUUGAUGAAAGAUACUCCUGGUUCUUUACAUUCAGCAAAUUCUGGUGUUUGGCGUGGUAAAAGACCAGCAGAAGGAACUGCAGACGAAAGACCAGGAAAGAAGGCGAAGUACGGCCUUGCCAGCAAUAUCGAUUUUGAAGAAAGGGGAACAGACGCAGACGACGAGGAUUCAGAUUUUGAUUCUGCGGAUACACCGAGUGAUAGAGAAGAGGAGGUUACAACGGCAGCUUCUCCAGUAACCGUCUCAAUACCAAUUGCAGAGCCGGUUGUAGCUAGCCCGCUCGCUUCACCUUUCGACCCCGAAUCCGAAUCCGAUUUCUCUGAUACACCAAGCUCAAAGAGAAGAGCACUUGCACCACCAACACCAAUUCCAGACCUUGUUACUAAGACCGUCGCAAAACCAAUUGCAGCAACGGGUCGUUGGGAUUUCACCCUUACGGCAAAACAAGCAGGUUACGUUUAUAACCCGAGAAAAUCCAUGACCAAUCUGAGUGAUCGCUUCGCUACACCUUCAGACUCCGAUAAUACCCUCGAUACCGACGAUAGCGAAUCUGACUUUAAUUCUACACCAAAUCGCUCUUCGACACCAGCACGCGCACGUGCUUCUUCACCUUCACCUUUACCUUUACCUUUACCUUUAUCUCAGUGGAAAUACCAUCACAAUCCUAUUGAUCGAAAUAAUCCAACCACUCCGCCUUCCGUCGGAACAAAAAGAAAAAUGGAACAAGCAUAUGCCGAAUGGCAUCAAGGAGAAAUGGACACACCUAGAGCACCACCAUAUUCUCCAAUCACUUUACCAGCCGAUACACCACAAUCCGUUGAUUUCAACGAAGCUGAAUCCGAAACUGCACAAUAUGAUUCGCAGUCACAACAAGAAAAUAUGAAACCUUCGCGCACAUCUUCGUACUCACAUCACACUAUUUCCCCAUCUUCUCCUCAAAUACCACACUCAACAAUAUCCACCUCCGAAACCACCGUAUUCCCUACCGAUCUACCUUCUCCAUCCGUUUCAUGCCGUUUAGAACCUCAUUCACCUGUUCUCGAUCACCUUACUGCACAAUAUAUUGCACAAGGACCCCAUCCACACAUUCCUCACGUUAAUCACGCAGCUGUGAAUCAAAGAAAUGCGUCUCAGAUAUUGAGCAAACAUCAAGAUGAUCGCGCGCCGUUUGUUCGAGCUGCGAGUCGAAGACUCCAGGCGGUGGUGGGUGUGAGAAAUGACUUACCGUUUGAUUUGCUGAUGGGGACGGGAAAGCAUGAUGCGAGUAAUUUAGUUGUAGGGAGGGAUGGGACGUUGGUGGAUUUGGGACUUAAGGAUUUGGAGAGGAGAGAGAAGUCUAUGAAGGGAGCUGGAGAUGAAAGUGGAGAUGAAAAUGAAAAUGAAAAUGGAGAAGAUCUUGCCAGAGAUGAUGGUGUUAUGAGUGGAGAGAAUAUUGGAAAUAAUCGGGAAAAUAUGAGCUCGGAUAUGGAUAUGAACACCAACGCAAACGCAAACACAAACGAAGCAUACAAUACAAACAGCACGGCACAAUACCUACAAGAUAUCCAGGCUUCCUUCAACACUCUCCGCUCUUCCUCCCAUACCCCAUCUACAUAUCAUUCUUCUCCUCGCCAGCAACAAACAACACCACAAAAAAUCGCUCCCAACCCAACCCACGAAUCCCCAACACAAACAGCCUUUUUCCCUCCCUCAGUCAACCCCUACACCGGCGAAGGACUCCGCGAAUAUCUUCUCUCCCGCGCUUCUAUCACCGGUUCUGUGAAGAGAGAAUGUAGAAGUAUCUCGUUUCAUGAUUUUACACCGGAUGUACGAACGGGCGAGUUUAGAAAUCAGUUGUUGGUGCAUUUUGGCGUGGAUGGGAUUUCCAGUAGUGAGAGGGUUGAGGUUAUGGAGUUGGGUUUACCCGAUAUAACCGGCACUCUCCACCCCUGGCUCUCAAUCUUCAUCCAACGCCCCCUCGUAACUGCCACAUCCACCUCAUCAGCCCUUCCAUCUACCUCCACCAUCACACCUCCCAACUUCCCCUCCCCAAUCCCUACAACCUGGCUCUGCAUCGCCGUCCCCCUCUCAAACAUAACAACCUACCCCAUCCAACCCGACACCACAAUUCCCCCCUCCCUCCUCGAAUCCGCUUUCUCCCACCCCCAACACGGGCUCCCCACCAAAAAAAUCGCCAAACGUCAAGACUACGAUUUCUCCUUCCAAGGAAUCCCCAUCUUCGAAUUUUCCACCCGAACACUCUUUCCCCAGCCCGAAAAUCCCUAUCCGAACACUGUGCCCACUGCGGAUUUUCUCUCCAUCGAAGUACCCCGUUCCUACGAUCCAAGUGAUCCCUAUCUUGAGUUUCCGCUACAGGUAUCCCAGAAUCCGGGAUUGCUACAGCGGGAAGCACAGAAGUAUGCAAGGGCGGUGGGAGUAACAGGUGAGGAAUUACGUACGUAUGGUGAUAUGAUGGUGGAUGAGAGUGGAGUGGAUGUAAGCGAGGAGGUAUCUCCCAACGAGGGGAUUUGGUGGUUUGAAUUCUAUCGAGGAAUUACACGGGAUAGGAUUCGGUGGGAGAAGGUUAAGAGGUGUAUGGGCCGUGGGAGAUGUAGAGUUGUUCUGAGAUGGCAGGAUGUACCGGAUGAGAUGAAGAGAUUGGGUGGUCGUUCGAGUUCGAGUUCGAGCUCUGGCAUCGGUUUGGGAGUGAGCGGAAAAAUAAGCGAAGCGGAGAGAGUCAUGCAAGAGAUGAGUAGGGAGAACAUGGCAGCGAUGGGAAAGAAGCGGAGAGGUAGAAAGAGUAUGCAAACGAGCCAUGCGAAUACGAGUUCGAGUGGGGGAUUGGGAGUUAUGAAUAUGAAUGUGGGGAGUCAUUCACAUUCACAUUCGCAUGUGCGAUCGCGUUCGGGCGAAGCUUUGAGAGAUAGCUUGCGUGCGAGAGCGAUUGGGAAUCGGAUGGGUUUUAAUGGAGAUGUUUAG